AGAAGGUAAGGUGCCUACUGAUAACGAUUGAUGUCAUAGUGAAAAGCUGCUUUAUUUACUGUUGAAUCAUAUCCGUUUUUGGUUUAAAGAAAAUGGACGCGUUAAGGUUGUCUGCUUUGUGCAUCAUUUGUUCGUAUGUAUUGGUUAGAGUGGAUGGAAUUAUUUACAAACAGAUGACGGAUGACUGUGGGUCUCGCAUCAAUGCGUACGGUGAACACCAGCUGUUGCUGUAUUUCUUGGGCAGCCGGGACUGUGUGGUUACCAUAGCAACAACCAGCACAUUUCCAUGGAAAAUGUUAUACUUCGAGAAUUUUGCAGUGAGCUGCAACUUAGGGAGUGUCAGUAUAAGAAAUAUAUAUGGACGACCACCAAACGGCUUAGACAGAGAUCUAUGUGGUUACGUUUAUACGAGCGAGGUCUACACAACCAAGGGUGAUAUCAAGAUAAAAUACACACCAAAAACGCAAUGGAUAAAUGGAAGCUUCACUUUAAUAUUAACGCCGUUUUCAGAUUCAUAUUCGUGUCCAAGCUAUGGUCACGUAUGUGACAACGGGCGAUGCAUCAAUGCGGCUUUGAAAUGCAAUGGCUACAAUUCUUGCGGCGACAACUCCGGGUGUUUGACCGACAGUAGCAAUUUAGACCACACACCCGAGUCUCACAAAGGCACCGGUGUAGAUGGUGUGGGUAUAGGUGUAGGCGUUGCAGUCGGUGUUAUCGUCAUCAUCGUUGUCAGCAUACUGAUUAUCUGUUGGAGAAGAAAACGCAUCCGAACGCCCGCACAGCAAGCCCGACCUUCAGCACCUCCGAUGCAAGUUGUUUAUUCAUCAACUGCACAACCCGGGCAGUUUAACCAAGGGUUUUCACACGAGCUUUACGGCAUUUAUAUGCACCAAACAGCAGCAAGUUUACCGCAAGCAACGACAUUAAAUGACCAUUCGCCGCCCCCGUAUGACUCUGCGUGGGCACCUAAACAAAUAUAACACGAAUGCAAAGAUGCAAGUCAUAACGUGCUUGCACAUAUUAAGACGGCUGUAUAAAUAUGAAUACCACAUAUACAUGUAGAAUGACAACAGUGGAUACGCAUUCUUGACAUGUAAUUGAUUUACGAGUUCCUGAAACGCUUUUUUUCUUAUUCGAUCAAAUUAAACUAUUCCAACCACAGGGAUCGUUAGGUAAAAAAUACUCUAUUAUACUAUAU